UAACCGGAAACGAGAGAAAUAUGUUUCGUUGUAUAGCGCAUAGUUUCCCAUUUGGCUUUUGGGGAUCUAUCUAAUUUUUGCAGCAUUUCCCCCCAUUUCGUUAAAAUACCGCAACCCAGCAAGAAGAAUAUUUGUCCCUAUACGAAAAACGAAGAAUAUUCACUCACCACCAAAUCGAGAAGCAAACCCAUCUGCCUCGCCCGAUAACCUCGGUUGAUCGCUAAAUUUUGUGUGUUUUCAUCGUUGAAUUUGGCGGAGGAACCACAAUUCUCCAGAAUUCGAUUUUGGGGGCGAGGAUUCAUGGAAACUAGCAGCGUCGGCAUUGAUAAUUCGGCGGUGACGGCGUUUUUGUUGACCGACGCAACAAGUUGGUGGCAAGAAAUCAACGAUUCUCACCUUUGGCAGGAUCGUAUCUUCUUCACCCUCGCCGCUCUCUAUGGCGUCGUCGCCAUCGUCGCUCUUGUUCAACUAGUCCGUAUACAAUUGAGGGUGCCGGAAUAUGGUUGGACCACGCAGAAGGUCUUCCAUUUUCUCAAUUUCUUGGUGAACGGAGUGCGGGCAGUUGUUUUUGUAUUUCGCCGUGAUGUGCAGAAUUUGGAACCACCGAUUCUCCAACAUAUCUUGCUUGACAUGCCAAGCCUUGCCUUCUUCACAACUUAUGCUCUAUUGGUUCUGUUCUGGGCAGAGAUUUACUACCAGGCACGUGCUGUAUCGACUGAUGGGUUGAGACCAACUUUCCUUACAGUAAAUGCAGUGGUCUAUGUUAUUCAGAUUGUAUUGUGGCUAAUACUGUGGUGGAAUCCUGUUCAUGUACUGGCCAUCCUUUCUAAGAUGUUCUUUGCUAGUGUCUCUUUGUUUGCUGCCCUUGGUUUUCUUAUUUAUGGGGGAAGAUUAUUCUUGAUGUUACAGCGCUUCCCUGUGGAAUCCAAAGGAAGACGUAAGAAGUUGCAAGAGGUUGGCUAUGUGACAACUAUAUGUUUUUCAUGUUUCCUAGUCAGAUGCAUCAUGAUGUGCUUUAAUGCUUUUGAUCAAGCUGCUGACCUCGAUGUUUUGGAUCAUCCGGUUCUGAAUUUUAUUUACUACCUGUUGGUUGAGAUUGUACCAUCCUCUCUGGUUCUUUUCAUUCUGAGGAAGCUGCCCCCGAAACGAGGAAUCACACAGUACCAUCCUAUCCGUUGAAAAGGAAAAAGAAAGAAAAGAAAAUCGGGUGAAGUUUCGACAAUUUGGGUACAGAACGAAGCGAAAAGUUGGGAAUGAGGUGCAGAUGUAAAGAGGUACCUGAUCCUAAAGAAACAUGGCAGAGGCAUUUUGAGUUCUGUUGGUUUCUGUAUUAAAAGUUGGAAAAUGUGUUUAAAUAGAAUUAAACAAACUGCUACAAACUGAAAUUAUAGUGGGAAUGGUGUUGUUGUGCCAUGUGAUUUAUUUAGCCUUACAUGCUGGGUUUCUUGUGGUUGCCUUUUUGGUACAAAGAGCAAGAGAUACAGUGACAUUUCUAUAUGUUUCCUUGUAUUUAUAAUUCACCCAUUGCUUCUCAA